ACGCCGAGAUCCGGAGACGGUUUCCCGGCCGGAUCGAAAAGCGGCGUGCACCGAGUGUCGCGGGAGCAGCACCUUGGUCCCCUGCUCCCGCGACAUGGCCUUCAACUUUGGGGCUCCCUCGGGCACCUCGGGUACCGCUGCAGCCACCGCGGCCCCCGCGGGUGGGUUUAGUGGAUUUGGGACAACGUCUACAACAGCAGGUUCUGCAUUCAGCUUUUCUGCUCCAACUAACACAGGCACUACUGGAUUCUUUGGUAGUACUCAAAACAAAGGUUUUGGAUUUGGUACUGGUUUUGGUACGACAGCUGGAACUAGUACUGGUUUAGGUACUGGUUUGGGAACUGGACUUGGAUUUGGAGGAUUUAAUACACAGCAGCAGCAGCAGCAGCAGCAGCAGCAACAGACUACAUUAGGUGGUCUCUUCAAUCAGCCUACACAAGCUCCUGCCCAGUCCAACCAACUGAUAAAUACUGCAAGUGCUCUUUCUGCUCCAACACUACUGGGAGAUGAGAGAGAUGCUAUUUUGGCAAAAUGGAAUCAACUACAGGCCUUUUGGGGAACAGGAAAAGGAUAUUUCAACAGUAACAUUCCACCAGUGGAAUUCACACAAGAAAAUCCUUUUUGCCGAUUUAAGGCAGUAGGUUAUAGUUGUAUGCCCAAUAAUAAAGAUGAAGAUGGGCUAGUGGUUUUAGUUUUCAACAAAAAAGAAACAGAUAUUCGAAGCCAGCAACAGCAGUUGGUAGAAUCAUUGCAUAAAGUUUUGGGAGGAAACCAGACCCUUACUGUAAAUGUAGAGGGUAUUAAAACAUUGCCAGAUGAUCAGACAGAAGUUGUCAUUUAUGUUGUUGAGCGUUCUCCAAAUGGUACUUCAAGAAGAGUUCCAGCUACAACACUAUAUGCCCAUUUUGAACAAACCAAUAUAAAAACACAAUUGCAGCAACUUGGUGUAACCCUUUCUAUGACUAGAACAGAACUUUCUCCUGCACAGAUCAAACAGCUUUUACAGAAUCCUCCUGCUGGUGUUGAUCCAAUUAUCUGGGAACAAGCCAAAGUGGAUAACCCUGAUUCUGAAAAGUUAAUUCCUGUACCAAUGGUGGGUUUCAAAGAACUUCUUCGAAGACUGAAGGUUCAAGAUCAGAUGACUAAACAGCAUCAGACCAGAUUAGAUAUCAUUUCUGAAGAUAUUGGUGAAUUACAAAAGAAUCAAACUACAACUAUGGCCAAAAUUGCACAAUACAAGAGGAAGCUCAUGGACCUUUCCCAUAGAACUUUACAGGUCCUAAUUAAACAGGAAAUUCAGAGGAAGAGUGGGUAUGCCAUCCAAGCUGAUGAAGAGCAGUUGCGAGUUCAGCUAGAUACAAUUCAGUGUGAACUAAAUGCCCCUACUCAGUUUAAGGGCCGACUAAAUGAACUAAUGUCCCAAAUCAGGAUGCAGAAUCAUUUUGGAGCAGUCAAAUCUGAAGAAAGAUACUACAUAGAUGCAGAUCUGUUACGAGAAAUCAAGCAGAUCUCAAGAAAUUACAGAUGUCUGUGACCAAACUCAUAGCUGACUGGAAUUUCUGGCAACAAGAUUACAGCAGUAUUUGUUGGCCACUGGGCUUUUGGACAUAAGGAUUCCUCCCUUUGUAGAGCCUGCUACUGCUAGCCUGUUACUGCAGUUUCCAAACAGUGGUAAAGGUGUCACUGCACGCUCUAGCAAAUUCACAGGGGUACCAAGGGAUAUUUUAAAAUUUCAAGACAAACACAGCCAUACUUCAUAUCUUUCAGACACUGCAUGAACUACUAGCUCUAGGUAGAAUACAGCUUCAAAGUUAUAUUACGUUAUAUUCUGUUUGAUAACAUCAUAUAUUUGCAAACCUGGGUUUUUAGCAAUUGUUGUGAUAAAAAGCAAAUAUAUGUGAAAAAUCAACGUGGAUCAGGAAAUAAGGUGGUAUCUAAUCUGAUACCAAGGUUUGAGAAGCUGUGCAGUCAGUGUCCAAAAGGCACAUACAUCCCAUUAGCAAGUCACUGUGGUUAAGGAUGAAAUAACAGUACUUAAAUUUUUUAUAUACAAGGGUGAGUUAAAAAUUAUCUGCAUUCUGGCUGUAGAAUUCAUAGAAAUUUUAAUAUAACCAGAGUGCGGAUAAUUUUUGACUCACUCUCAUGUAUUACUUCUUAAAACUGCUUCUGAGAUAUUAGGACAUAAAUACUGAGUUGUUAGAGUUUACUUAAUAAAUGGAAUUUUUAGAUACUUAUUUUCACCUAGGGAUGCUGUGAAAAAAAAUAUGCCAAUAGUAAGGACGCCAUAAACCAAGAAAGUUUGAGAACCUCUGCAUUAGACAGUACAAAGCCUUACCUACUACUUUAUCCAAACUGCUGGCUCAAUGGGGGCCUUAUUUAUAAGACAUCACACCUGAAAAGACAGCUGCCAUGUUGUGAGACAGUCUAUGGAGAGGCCUAUAUAGUCAGGAACAAGGGAGGCCUCCAGCCAACAGCCCAUGAGAAACUAAGGCAUUAGUCAACAACCCACGAGGAACUGAAUCCUGCCAUCAACCAUGAGUGAGCUAGGAAGUACAUCUUCCCCAGUGAAGUAUUAUGAUGAUUGCAGCCUUGUGAGAGAUCCCGAGUCAAAAGAUCCAGCUACACCGAACCCAUAUUCCUGACCCACAGCAACUCUGAGACAAUAAAUGUUGU